CACUGGUCGCACAGCUGACUUUUUGUUUAUCUUGAUUUUGGAAGAGAUUUGAUUUGCAGUCUAUCUUGCCGCUAAUCCGGAAUAUUGCUGUUUCCGGCCGGAGUUGAGACCACCUGACCGCCAAAGAUGACGUCGCACUUCAGCAGUGUGCUGCGCCAGGCCUUCAAAACCUUCGACCGGGCGAAUCACGCCAGCUUCAAUGCCAAUUUGCAGCACCUGCGCCAGCUGACGGAUGAGCUGACCUACCGGGACCUGCAUCUGCGGGAGGAGCUGUUCCGGAACGUGGCCGGCCACCGGGCGCCCUGCAGCUACAUGCACAUCUUCGAGGACGACCGCUUCUCCAUGAGCCUGUUCAUUGUGCGCGGAGCGAAUGCCAUUCCGCUGCACGACCACCCCAUGAUGUUUGGCCUGUUGCGCUGCAUCUGGGGACAAUUGCGGGUGGACAGCUAUUCGCAGCAGCUUGGUCCCGAUGACGCGCUGACCUACGACCCCGAUCCCUCGGUGGUGAAGGUGAAGGCCGAGGAGCCCUGCCUGGUUUCGCCCGACAGCCCGUGCGCCACGCUGACGCCGCGCAAGAGGAACUACCAUCAGAUUGCCCAAACCGGACAUGGUGUGGCCGCCUUUUUCGACAUACUCAGUCCGCCGUACGAUGCGGACAUGCCCACAUAUGGACCGCGGCAGUGCCGCUUCUACGGCGCCAAGGCGGACGGCAACCAGGUGCUGCUGCAGUGCAUCCCCUCGCCGGACACCUACUACUGCGAUGUGGUGGACACGCCCGAUGCCGUGGUGCAGGCCGCCUUCCAGUGCGCCGACGAGGCGUAUGCCGAAAAUGCCAGCGGGACGCAGUGAAUCGCUGUCGCUGUCCCCCUUUCCUGCAGCUAAACACCCUCCUAUAUUUAUUCGCCCACCAUCACUCCUCGUUGGCUGCCCAGUGUAUCAGCCAAGUAUCUUCUGUGUUAUUUAAAUAAAAUUGCCUCUUUUUUUGUA